GAUCCAACACUCUUUUACAAAGGUCUGGAUGUAGAGCCAACCUGGUUCAGUGCACAGGGCGGUGUAUACAAAUGUAGAGAACGGAAGAAAUCAGCCGGCCGAGUUGCCAUCAAAAAAUACCUAGUUGAAGAAAACCAACAUGAAGAUAUGUUUGUGAUGCCAAAGGAACUCGUUGAGAACGAGAUCUACACAAUGACAAAAUGCGUUCAUCCCCACAUCCUCAAGCUAUAUGCCGUCUACCUUCAUCAAGAAUUUGUCUAUCUUGUCAUGCCACUUUGCACAGGAGGCUCAUUACAACAAUACGUGUUUGACCAUCAACUUACGAUCGGUCAAUUAGUGUACAUUAUUAGCUCAAUUGCUUCUGGAUUAGCGGAAAUACAUCGCCAUAACUACAUACAUCGAGAUAUCAAGUGCGACAACAUCUUUCUAGACGUC